AUCCCGUUAUAUGAAUUGCCUAAUGCAGUAUGGACUAAAUCAACAAUCAAACCUCCUGCUAAAGAAUUUUAUAAUGAGGAGCUUCAAAUUGAAUUAUCUGAAACAAUCAAAAAUAUUGUUAAUAUUUUUAAUGAUUGUGAUGAAAAUAGGCAA